AUGGAUGUUGUUAAUUCUGAUAUCACUAAUUCAAGUAUUCCAACUACUUUACCUUCCAUCUCUGUGAAAUUAUUGGAGAAGAAUUACUCAAUCUGGAGGUCACAGAUUCUACCAGCGUUGACAUCUCAUGGACUUCAAGCUAAGUGUAAUACUGCGUAUGAGAUUUGGAACAUUUUAGAACUGCACUUUCAGUCUACUUCUAAAGCUAGAACUUUACACUUGCAAAAUUUACUGCAAACAACUAAGAAAGAUGCUUAUACUGUUAGUGAGUAUGUGUUAAAAAUGAGCAAAUUAGGAGAUGAGUUGAUUGCAAGUGGCAUGAAUAUAACAGAUGAGGAACUGUUGUUGUAUAUAUUGGAUGGCCUUGGACCUAAAUAUGAUGUUGUGGUAGCAAAUUUGACUUCAAACAAUAGUCAAACUACACUACAAGAGGCUCAAUUUUUACUCCAUAAGCAUGAAAUUAGGUUGGAAAGACAGCAUAGUUCUUUCACUAGUUUUCAUGACCAAAUGGCUUCAACUCUUGUAGCUUCCAAAAAAAAAAAAAAUGCUAAUGAGUCUGGCUUAGUGCCUCAGUCUCAACAUGUUAGUCCAAAUAUUCCUGAUGUUAAUCCUGGUAUUCUUCAGAGAUAUUCUCACUUGCCAAAUUCUGCAAGUUUUCAGUCUCCUACGUUUAUGAAUAGUCAACCUUAG